CUUAAUUGUUCCGAGAGAACCUCUGCCCGCGCGGGCGUUUGAAAACAAGGCACCUACUCUCCUUACAUAAUCUCGCGAGUGCGCCAUAUGCGAGGCAGCUGUUGGACAGGUGCACCCUUGCAUCUCGCAUCUCUUGUCUUUGUCCUCUCUCUUCGUCCUCCUCCAUGUAGUCUAUACGGGGAGAAGAGAGGAGAAACGGGGAAAGAGAGAGAGAAGUCACACCACAGUAGAGAUCGCAGCAGAACAAAUAGAUUUAGAAGGUUAAACAUGACAAGCAGAAGAAGCAAAUACGCUGCAUCAAUAAGAGACCGAGCAUCUUCGAUAAACGCAGAUCACUCGAGGAGGGGUUCUCAAGAAAAUUUUAUCACGAAAUUUCUAACGCAUUGCGAGGAAUAUAACGUAGAAUCGUUACCUAGUUUUAUAGUGAGAGAUGGCGUGGAGCACUAUGCGAAGAUUGAACCAGAAAGGGUCAAAUUGGACGAGGAUAUCCCUAUCUUUUGCGUUUCUUUCGAACAUCCAAAAAGGAUGGAGAACGUGCAGGAACUGGAAUGUAAAGGACAGGAAGUGUCGAUUUGCAUCCUCGACGCACUGAACACUACGCUGCAGAAAUAUAACACUCUCACGGUGCUCAGAUUACCCAGUUGUCAGAUAAAUGCCUACGGUGUCCUGCAGAUAGCACAAAUGCUGACGGAAUUGGAAUGCCUGGACGACUUGAAUCUGGAUGACAAUCCGAAUGCGCAGGAGAAUUACUAUCUGUUCUGCGCGCCGGCCAGAAAUUUGCGCUAUCUGUCGCUGAGGAUGUGUAGGUUAUCCGAUAACGGUAUACAAAAGAUCGCGAACGAGCUGAGGUAUCGGGACCCGCCGGACAACCCAAAAUUGAUCGCUCUUAACGUGGCGGACAACGACAUUACGGACGUCGGUGCCGAGUAUAUCGCCGCGAUGCUUCGGACAAAUCGAUCGCUGCAAAGCGUGGUGUUAACCGGAAACGCGAUACAGAACGACGGGGCUUCGCUAAUAAUCCAGGAGCUUUCCAUGUCCACUUUGACACACGAAGAAAUCGUCGGUCUUCGACGUCGCAGAUUUAUCGAGCUGGAGAGCAAGCCGGAUGGUCGAGAUAGUCGAGAGACUCUUGUUGCGGAGCAAUGGAGAAAGAACGAAACGUGGCAGCGCGGAAAUCAGCUGCUUCAGAAUUCUAAAAGAACGAGUCGAGAUAGUUUGUCGAAGAUGAGAAUCCAGCCAAAUUCUCCGUCGAUAUCGGACUGUUCCAUCCAAACCUUGAGAAAACUGUCGGACAGUAACAUUGGUCAACCAUUUACAAAAGAAACUAUAGCGAUAAACGGCUGCGUGACGACUAGUGGAAAUUUAAAUUUGCAGCACUUGAGCCUAAGUUUUAAUCGCCUGACGAAUAAGACGUUGAAGAAACUGGUGUCGUGUCUGUACUAUCAGAAUUACAUGCUAUUAGACGAUUACAGCAGAGGGUUGCUACAUGUAUUUUUAGAGGGCAAUGACAUCAAAAGGGAUGAAGACUGGGCAACGUUUCAAGAAUUGUUGCGUCGCAGACGACAGGAUGAUCAAACGACACAAGAUGCAGACUUGAAGGACCACGAUUCUAUCGGAUCGGUUGAAAGCAAAAUCUUGCGGAGCAAAAUUAGCGGUCUCCACAUUUAGAUUUCCCAUUCGCGGUUCUCCAAUUGGGCAAGCCGUCGCGUGCGGGGUGGCGCGAUCCGUGAUAGUGCAGUUA